GCAACCUUCCUUUAGCGCGUUCUCGACUCUCGGCAGCAGCAGGGCGGCCUGCACACGCGCUCGCUCGCCGUACACGACGUUUGUGUGUUGUUCCCUUGCCGCCUGCUGACUGCCCGCCCGCCUGCCAUCGCUGCGACAACGUGCCCAGCGUCGUGCAAUUCGCGAGAGAGAUACCGUUGGGCGCCUAAUUUGCAUACCGUAGCUCCCGGACUGAAAUAGAAUCCGCCGCCACACCAACCAUUCGGCCCACUUUCUCUCCCCCCCCCCCCCUUCAGCGCCUCCUCCUUCUCUUAUUCGGAACCUCCCCCUUCCCCUCCGCCUCUCCACCAGUUCUCGACAACCACCAGUAACGACGUGUGACGUGUCUUGAUUCCUGCAACCCUCAUCCUCUCCCACCCUUUCUCUGUGGAUUGACGUGGCCCGCGACAGAGUCGCCGCAGUCGUCGGCAAGGCAAGGCAAGCACCAUGAGGACGCCCCUCCUGCUUCUCUGGGUCGUGGUGGCGCUGGCCGUCAUCCUACCGGCCGUCCUCGCGCAGAGGAGCCGCGGACAGAGCCAGGCCCGGAGACCGAGCACCGAAGCUCCAGCCUACGACGACUACUACUACGACGAAGAUGCCGCUGACGAAGAGGCCGGCUCCAAGAAGCCUGAGAAGUCUUCCUCGUCCCAAAGCUCGUCGCGCGGCUCGAGCGGAAGCAGCGGAAGCUCGCGCGGAAGCAAGCCAGAGCCUCCGUCCGAUGAUGACUACGAUGCACCGCCGCCGUCGUCGUCGUCGUCCAAGUCGUCGUCUUCCUCAUCAACGGCUAAGCCUUCGUCGUCGUCCUUGUCUAAACACAAGUCCGGGCCUAGUGCCGAUGCUAAGCCUUCGGCAGCCGCUCCAGCGUCUGAGCCUGCCGAUGAGGCCGGAGCUGAGGAACCACCUCAUAAGAAAGGACCGCUCACACCCUCGGCACUGUUCCUCGCACCGCGCAAAAACAGGCUGCACCGCCCCAAUGUUCACUUCGCGGCCAGGCCUCGGCCAACACUCCCGAGCUUCAUCAAGCACCCGCCUCCGCUGGGCGCCAUAUCAACCACAGUGACUCCCAAACCACGCGCGGCGGCCGCCGCUGUCACCGAGGAACCAAAAGUCACACGGUCCACGGCUAAGCCCAAGAGCUCUUCUGCGUCCUCCAAGCGGGGCGGCAAUGCCGGCUUCAGUGGUGGAGCUGCUGGAAGAAAACGCGACCGCAGCACGACAGAAUCACCCGCUUCGACCGACGGUGACAGGAGUAACAGGAGGUUCGGUGGUAACGGCAAGGGCAAGAACACGUCCAGGCCCAGGUUUCGCGCCGGAAGCAGCGCGUAGGCGGCGAAGAGGAGAUUCCAUCCACUGCCUGAAGAGUCAGCUGACCGCUCUUCGUUUCCGCCCCAUGCCAGCUAGCCAGGAGACGAAGGCCACGCUCUAUU